CAGGAGGUACAGUUUCUGUCAUCGAAGCAAAACGAUUGUGCUUAUUUUCAUUCUGUUGGCAAUACGAAACGGGGUUGCUCUCGGGUUAUCAUUGCGAUUUUCUUUUGCAAGAAAGUUCAUCUCGGUGCCUCAAAAUAAGAAGAGAGCAACUGCAAGGGCAAUUGAAACGGGAGCGGCGGCGGCGACUACGACGGCAGCACCAACUACUACAACAGAAGCAACAAGAACAAUGGUGCUCUUUUUCUGCUCUGCGAAGCGAUCAAAAAAUCUCUCGUUGCUGUUAGGAGCACAGCUUUGCUGGAUUGUGCUUCUUGACCCGUUGCGUUGUUGGGGCGCAUCACCCCAACAACUACCGACGAAUCACGAACAAGAUCCAAUGAAUCUCUGGGAGAAGAAUCUUUAUCAAUCAGUGGUGAGAGGGGAGAGGGCAACACCCAACACAGUAACGGAUCAGAAGCCGAAUCCAUCCUAUCCUUUCCAGUCUCUGCGACGAAGAAACGAACCAAAAGAACAAGCAAUUGUAAUGGGAGAUGACGACGACGACGAUCAGUUUCUCAACGACGACGACGCAGUAGUCAGCGAUUGCUCUUUGUGCCAGGGAUUGCCUAUGGAAGAAAAUUUUGUUCCUUUCGGGGACAACUCGACCUGUUCCGAGCUUGAAGAGUUUUAUUAUUCUGACUAUAAGAAUACGGUUCCUGGCGAAUCUUGCAUCAAUGAUGUUGUUGUAAACAUGGCAUUCGAUAGGUGUUGCAGGCAAUCAAUCCCGAAAUACGAAUGCGAGACCAAUAUCCAGGAGCGAUUGUUCGGCAGCGAAAGCAACUACAACACUGCCGUCCCUCCCGUGAUCAGCAUGAAAGAACCACUCACAGUCCUCGUAAGUAUGGUUUACUUUUUCUUGCAGGACAUCGACACGGCGGAAAACACGGCAAAAAUAUCCUUGCAAGUCUCUUUCACUUGGGUCGAUCCACGGUUGAAGUGGGACAUUGUGGACAACGAUACCUGUAGCAAUAAAAUCGAUGUCUUCUCUGGGCAUGAGAUAGAGCAAACCAUGAUAUGGGUACGUGCAUCCUGUUUGGGCUCAGUGCUGACGCCGUUUCUCCGAAUUUUUGUUUUCGAAGCGCAAAAUAUGCGUCGAUGAAUAGUCGCUUCCUCCCCACAUGUAUGAAAAUUCUCUAGUCUCCCAUCUAAUCAUAUCUCAUCGCUGUUGCUUUUGGUCAAAAACAAUUGCAUCCAACCUGCAAUUUUUUGGCUUACUAGAUACCGGAUUAUGACUUAUUGAAUGGGAUUGAGGGCAUCCGAUCCAUGCCAACUCGGAAGGUACAAGUCACAAGCAGCGGGCGUGUCCAAAUGGAUAUGUUCGGUGGAAUUGAAGCCUUUUGUCCCAUGUCCGGGCUGGCAAACAUACCCUUCGAUACUCUUGGGUGCCAGUUUGUCUUUUGGCCAAGAGAACAAUACAAUGCAUUGAUCAAGUACGAGCUGCAAUAUCCAGAACAGAUGUGGUUUGCACCUUAUGAUGGUGAGUUCCAGUAGGCAAAGCACGAAUUUGUACGGUACGACAGCAACCGUUUGAGAUAACAAUAUGUUUUCUCUCCUUUGUUGAUGAGUGCGUCUGUGAGUUCGUUACGUGUUUAUAAAAACUCCAACACUACUAAAGCAAGCAAUUGAUUUCUUUUGAAUUCGGUGUGUUUUUCUAAAUUACCAUCAUCACAUAAUGAUGGCGACAACAUAAAGGAAUCUACAAAGAAUGGCAACUCGUACCGGAUCGGACAGAACAGAAAAUUGAUCCUGCGUCUGGUCAUGUGAUCGUCAACUUUUAUUUCAAACGGGCAAAACAAUAUUACAUCUGGAAUAUCCUGGUGCGUACUUAUUUUAACACGGUGCUGGAUUUGAGUUGUUACGUGAGGGAUAGAUGCAGGCGUUCUCUGAUACGUUUCCGCAACGAUAUUACACGUAUUUCUGAUUUUGACUAUUCAUUUCUUCAUCUUUUGUGUGGUACGAUAAACUUGCAUUGCAUUUUUUUAGGUACCUACCAUCAUCUUGACAUACCUGAGUUUCUUCACUUUCCUUUUGGAUAUGCGAGUUGGGUACGUCUAAUACGAAAACUAAAAUUAAUUUGACGCUGUUCUUCUAACUUCAUUUUGUUGCCACCGGUCGUGCCGUUUUACUUUAAAAUUCCGUUACAUCUUCCCAUAGGGAACGCCUGGGAUUUGGAACGGCCCUAGCCUUGGUCGUUGUAGCUCAACAAAUCGUUACAAGCGAUAAGCUUCCAGUUUCUGACCAACCACUGUGGCUAGAUAAAUUCGUGGGAAGGUCAUUCUAUUGGGUCCUCGUCCCUGUUGUUCAAUCUGCUUUAGUCGGUUUUUUGUAUUUUCUGCGCGAGGAUCGCCAGGCGACAAAAGAAAACAAGAACCUGGAAUUGAUGUCGAUGAGUGCCCGCUUGAGCAUGAUGAGACGAGCCGCAUCCAAAAGAAACGAAAAGGCAUACACCGAAGAUGAAGCAACAGGAGAAGAGCAAGAGGCACUCGUGGAUCCAACCUUGCAGCUUACCGACGCAGUUUCAACUAUGCAGAAAGAAAAUUUUCUGUAUACCUUUAGUUUUCGAAAAUUCGAUAUGAUAUGUCUUGCCCUUGCGGCUACUACCUAUUCGGCAUUUAUUGUAAUAAUGUACACUGAAGUCCAUGGUGGAUUUUGGGUGACCAACGAACCUCCCAAGGUAGGUCGUAAUGGAACUUUUGAUUUGGGUGUUGUCGUAUAUAACACCAGUGACCCGACCAGCUAAGGAAAAGAGUUGAUGAUAUCAAUUGAGACGCAUUUCACUGAACGAACGACUGGGUCAAUAGUUUCAUGAUUCAAUAAAUAUUGUAUCGGUUUUUCUUUGAUUCCUACGGAGUGCACCGGUGUCUUCAUAAGAAGAAGAUUGGCAUUCUUUGAUGACGCAUAAAAUAAAAUACUGAAACAACUAGCAUCAACGAGAAACAAAGUAAAGAUUAACAACUAGGCGCUAUAUUUUCGAGGACACAGCUUUCACUCAAUCAAGGGACUCUCUGUUGGAAAUGCGAGCACGACGAGGGAUAAAUAUUUCCGUGUCCG